GUAGCUCCUAAAGUAUUGACCAUAGAGUUAAAAUAAAUGUAACCACAUUUGUAUGAAAUUUUAUGGUAAAACUUUUGUCCGAAGUAUUUAUAAUGCUGUUUGUAUAUUCAAGACAUGAGCAAAAAUCUGAAAAAAGGUACCUUCACCCCUCACCCCCUCUCCCUCCGACCCCUACACCGUCAGCACAAUCCCCACCCUCGAGGACUUUUAGUAUGUUUAUCUGGACACCACAAUGUAUAAAAUUGUACCAAUUUACAAAACUACACAAACUAUUUUUAUAUUAAUUUUCUUGAGCUAAUUACUAAUUUUCAUUAGCACAUGUUUGCAUGAAAACCUUUAAAUAGAUGCAGAUACGAUGUAUAGCGAAUAGCAUUCAGUCAAACUUAGUGUGAUUAUGAAAUGAAUGCAGUAAACGAAGGAAUUAAAACUAAUUGACAAAAGAAAUCUAGUUACAAACAAAACGAGAUGAAUAUUACAUUGGAAUUGUAUUUAUUCGUGUUCACCCAUUUCCGCUGAUGUAAAACCAAAUGAUUGCGAGUGUAACGCACUUAUAAUCAGGCAGAAAUAUUAGCAUUAGAUUCACACAAACAGAAUGGAAGCUGAAUACUUUUUUCCGCUAGGCAUAUCUUCUAAUUAACGAUAUCCAUCCAUACUAAAGAGCGUAGGAUGUAACCGAUUAUAUGAAGUAGUAAUAUAUAGAGAUUUCGUAUUUCGCACGCUAUCAUCUUGAGCCAUGCAGUGGCUAGUAGCGUUUGUCUGCGUUGCCAUAGCCAAUGAUGCACAUGGAGUCCGCUACCUUAACGUCACAUUAGACGCUGUCCAACGGCAGUUGCAGGAGUUUAAUGUAACACAUCCGAAACCUAUUGGAGUGCUGACAACUACCGCUGGCAGACCGGUGGAGGUGCGGGAGACAGUCACCCUCAACACAGAUUUCUUCAACAGUCAGCAUUUCUGGGACCUGCAGUCUGCUUCCGAACAUGAGCGCAUCCCGCAGCGCUCGGUCCACGCGCGCGGCACGAGCGCCUUCGGCUACUUCGAAGUUACCAACGACGUCUCCAAAUACACCAAAGCGGAUGUCUUCAAUGGCAUUGGGAAGAGAACCCCCGUCGUCGUCCGAUUCUCCUAUUUGAUCCAAAGUCGCGGAGGAGUAGAUGUGAUGAGAGAGACGGGAGCUUUAACAUCCAAAUUCUACACAAACGAGGGCAACUUAGAUUUUCUCGCCUUGUCGCUUCCAGUUUUCCUGUAUAAUUCUCCACAUUUAUUCAGUCCAUUGGCUCAUGCUUUCAAAAGGAAUCCUAAGACAUUCAUUAUCGAUUCUACAGCUCGUUUGGACUUCAUCAAUCUUACGCCUGAAGUUAUCCACCAGAUAUUGUGGCUGUUAUCAGAUUUCGGUAUCUUUAAUGGCUACAGGAAAAUGAACGCAUUUCCUAUCCACACAUACGAGAUUGUUAACAAACACGGUGACAGCUAUUUCGUGAGAUUCAAUUUCAUGACUGAACAGGGACUGGAGUUACUCACUGAACGAGCUGCCAUGGCUAUUAGAAAUUAUGACCCUGACUACUCCAUCAGAGACCUUUACGAUGCAAUAGCCGCAGGAAACUACCCCUCUUGGAGACUAGACAUGGACAUUAUUCCGAAGUCCCACAUUCCUAAGCUUAAUUACAAUCCUUUCGACAUGACUGCUUUAUGGAGGAAUGGGACAUACCAUACAGAAACUAUUGGACGCUUAAUCUUAAACAGAAAUCCUGAGAAUAAUUUUAAGGAUGUCGAGCAAAUGGCCUUUAAUCCCGGUAAUUUGGUGCCCGGAAUACCAGGACCGGUCGACGACACGUUCAAAGCGCGAAGAUUCUCCUACCGAGAUGCUCAAACUUACCGGUUAGGCAUCAAUCAUAAUAACAUUGAAUUUAAUCAUCCGAAGUAUUCGAAGACAUAUAACCGUGACGGUUUACCGCCGGUGCUAGAUAAUAUGAAAGAUGUGCCAAAUUACUAUCAGAACUCGUUCAACGGCCCAGUUCCUUAUGUGGACGUAGCGAAACCUAAAGAUGCGAUAUCACUUAAGUUCAAACAGUCGACGGAUCUUGGAGAGUCUUCUUAUUUCUACAACACGUACGUUAAUACGGAGGAUAAGAGGAAUAGGAUGGCAUUAAAUAUAGCCAACAUAAUGGUGAACGCUAUUGAAGAAACACAAAAGAAAACGCUGGAGAUCCUUUACCUCGUAGACCGCGACUUGGGUUCGCGUGUCGCUGCCGCGCUGCCAAUCGCUGAGGCGCAGAAGAUUUUGGGGGCCCCUAAGCUCGUAUUAGUUGAAGAGAACCCUAAAACAUAUGAUGUAGCACCCAUGUGCCAAUAGUAACAGGAGAUACAAUUGGUAUAAAUAAAAUAAAGUGUAAAAAACCAUAAGUAGUUACACAUUCGCUCGUCAGCACUUUUUGCAGAUCGUUUCCAGCAUUCAAUUCCAUUCAUUUCUUUAGGAUCUGUUUUGUACUAAAUCCAUUGAAUUUAUUUUCAACCGACUUCAAAAAGGAAGAGGUUGUCAAUUCGAUUGUACGUUUGUUACCUCAGAACUCCGUCAUUUCUGAACCGAUUAUACCGAACCGAAAGUAUAGUCUGUGAUGGCAUUGGGGUUGAUUAAUAUACCAUACUUUAAGUUUUAGAUACUAAAGCUAGUAAUUAGAUGUAAUUACUGUUAUAUAGAAGGUCUGAACUACUUAGUAAAGAAAGGCGCACGGCGAUUUGUAAAAUUUAAAUUUAUUAUCGCAAAUUUAUUAGGUAUAUUUAUUGACAAUAAUGACGGUUCCGGGGAUGUGGAUUACUAGGAGAAAAAUCGCCGAAGAAACUCCUUAGUUUACUCUAUUGCGUCUCGUUUCAAAUAAAAGUUAACAAACUACUUACGACAAGCUAAACCAGAUCUACUAAUAUAAAGCUAACUUAUCCACUAGCUUACGUAACAACCAACGGUCUAUUAUUAAUUAAAAUAAGAGGGACAUCGACAUAAUUCGGUUAGGUAAAUUUAUACGUUUCCCCGAUGAUUUAUUUACCCCACCCAAUUAUCUAGUUACAUUAUCUCUAUUAAAGGUUGACCGAGGUUAGCCAAGUUCGGUCCUUGGUCGUCUGACACCAAGAAACUAGUAAAAGAAAUUUCUACUAAACUAGUCUGGGUGUCUGGCGACCUACGAGCUGGCGCUUUUUGCGCACAAAAACUUAGCCUCACUGUGCAGAGAGGGAACGCGGCCAGUGUCCUGGGAACAAUGCCUCAGGCUAAUUUAGGCUUAGUUUUUUGAUAAUAUAGACAUUAACUUUUUUAUGUAAAAUUAUUACUAAUUCAAUGCUUGAAGUGAUAAUGUUUAGAAUUAAUUAUACAUAGAGUUACGAAAACACAAAUAAAAAAUCACAAUACAUCAUAGAUAUAAGAAGUAAGGAGAUUUAUAACAAAGCAUAAUUUCAAUGAGUCUCGUUGACUCCAACUGUCCGCCACCACAUCCAAAUCCGUUUGAUAACAAUAUAUUUAAUUAUUUGCUAAAAUAUUUUGUAUGAUAAAAAUACACAAAUUGGAAACUGAUUCGACUGUAAGAGGCCACGCAAAGUUUUCCGGCGUUCAUUUCUUCAUUGAUUUUUUUAUAAAUCUAUAAAUAAUUUUUAAUAUAAAAUGAAUAAGUUUCGACUCGCUAUUUAUUUCUGUAAUUUUUUUCAGCCAAUCCUAAUUUCCUCAAAGAGGAUCCGAUCCGGGUUCACCUUUGUCCUGGGAAUGAAGUUAGCGGUAGAAUGUGCUCUGGAGAAAUCCCGGUAACUUCAUUGCGGGCACUUUGCCGUUUAAUGACGGAAAAUGAGGGAAGAGUUCUAGGUUUAGCUAUAAUUUAAUGUCUUUCCUGUGCUAAAAAUUUACGUAUAACUUCAUACUUAUUCUUCCUUUUGUAACAGUAUAUUCCAAAAUAUAAUCACCGACUGUAUCUCCUAAUUACAGCUAUUCGUAUUUCCAGUCCACCUCUCUUACGGUUUGGUACAUUUAAGCAAAUAUUCACCUGUAUUUCGACUCCAAGCAGUUCGUUGUGUGAAGGGGGCAUCCCAAGCUCGAAUUUAAGCAUCAAUUUGGCACCUCUCCCGGGCUUAAUUGAAGGACUGAAGAGACCCGUUUAUUCACUGUUCUGUGAUUUUAAUCUAGUU